AUGCCCCAGCAAAGUGGCCCAGCCCCCGCCUCCGUGCCGCCUGACCCCGUGUGCCGUGACCCCGUGCCCGCCCGGCUGUGCCCGGCCGCGCCGCUUCCCGGCACGGGGCUCCGCUGCGCCAUGGCCGCCCCGCGCUCCCUCCUGCUCCUCUCCCUGCUCCUCGCCGCGCUGCAGGGACGGGGGCAGCGGCCGCCCCCUCCCCGCAGCCCUCUUGAGAAAGUGGUGACCGAGGGAAACCUCGGCCUCGGCGAGCUGGUGGGGAGGUGGUUUCUGGUCGGCACGGCGUCCCGCUGCAGCUAUCUGGCUGAGAACAGCCACCGACUGGAGGCCACGGCAAUGACAGUGGCUGUCCCGGAUGGGCAGAGCUUAGCCAUCAGCACCUUCAGGAAGCUAGAUGGGCAGUGCUGGGAGAUCAGGCAGCGUUACGUCCCUGCAGGAGCCCACGGGCGCUUCUCUGUGAGAGGCCGUGGCUUCAACAGCAAGAUGGAGGUGGUGGUGGGAGAGGCGGACCCCCGCAGCUAUGCCAUCAUCUACUACCAGGACAGCCAGGGCCUCUCUGUCAAGCUCUAUGGCCGCAGCAGCCAGCUCAGCGACACCAUCGUGGACAAGUUUGAGCGGUGCGCCAGGGCCGUAGGCCUGAGUGAGGAUGUGAUCUACUACUUCCCCACAUACGGGUUCUGCGACUCUGCGGAUGAUUUCCACAUCCUUGAUGAAGCAGAGCUGUAGAUGGAAGCAGUGUUUCCAGGAUGUGCCCAGUGCUGAUCUCUCACCUUGUGCAGCUGCCCAUGGACACAACCACACAGGGACAAGCUGGGACUUGGCCAGACCCUGCUGCUGCUCUGCAGUGCUGGGAGCACACUCUGGGCUCCCUUGUUCCUUCAGCCUGGCUGUGUCACCCCAUGGCUUCAUGCCCUUUGCCCCAUGCCCUUCAGCAACUGGCAACACCCCAAUAAAUACAAGGAAAAGCUCUGUGUCUAGGCAA